AUGGACAAAUCGGCAGCGUUGUUGUUGGCGCUGGCGGCCAUGUUCCUGUGGGGCUCCUGGGCAAACACCCUGCUGCUGUCGCGAAUACGCUUUGAGUUGUACUUCCUGGACUACAUUUUGGGUCACCUGCUGGCUGGCUGUGUGCUGCUGCAGGAUGCGGCUCCUUCACUUCAAGUCGCUGCUGAAGACCCCUCAGGGGCAGUGGUUUUCAUGAUCAGUGCUCUCGCGGGGCUCCUCUUUGCCCUAGGUUCGCUGCUGGCUGUAGCCUCCAUCGACUUGGCGGGCAUGGCACUGCCAACCAUUGUCCUGCUGGGCGUAGAGAUGGCCUUGGGCGUUCCAUUUCUGCUGUUGGUGGAGGGUUGGGGCUCUGCCCAGCAUAUGAUCCUAGCUUUUGCAGGCGUCAUUGCUGUGCUCGCAGCUACCUUACUCGACGGUUGGUGCCACUGGAGUCUGCAAAAGGAUUGCACACCAGAGGAGCAAGAGAGCCAGCCCCUGUGCUUCGGGUUUACGUCGAGUCAGUUCAGCAGCCUGAGUUUCUGGUCUUUCCGGGCCACAUCGGUUGCUGCUGGGAGCUUUGCACGGAGCCUCAACUCUACAGCCGUGACCUUCCUGACGCACGGCUCUGCCCUGCCCGUCAGCUCUGUUGGGUCGCAACAGGUGCUGACAGCUGCAUCGGGGACUAUCAGAGCUCACAAGCAAGGUCAUUUGGGCCUCAGCUUCGCAGCCAUGGGAGGCCUUUGCUUCGCCAUUUGGCCCUGCAUCAGCUCCUGCGUGGAGGGGCAAACGCAGUGGGGCAAUGCCUUCACCACACAGCUUAAUGCAUCAGCUUUCUUCUUUAUAUACGCGCUGGGGGCCUUGUUGGCAGCGCUGUUGCUCCUGCCACCCUUGUGCCGCUGGCCACUGCACUCAGGUGUGAGCUUGAAUUUCUGGGCCAACUACAUGGAGCUCCGAGCCUGGAACCACUUCCUGGGCCUCUCUGGCGGUUUUGCGCAUGGUUGCGGAUCACUGCUCUCCCUGCAAGCAGGCCGUGUCCUUGGCAAUGCCGUGGCGAUGUCCAUCACGCGCUGCCAGCCGCUGGUUUGUGCCACCUGGGGCGUUUUGAUUUGGGGUGAGCUGCAAGGUGCGGGAACGAAGACCAGCUGCCUUUUCGCCAGCAUGCUUCUUGCAUUUACAGCUGCCGUGGUGCUCUUCCUGAUUGCCGGGCUGGAUGGCUGA